GCUGACGUUUUUGGACCCUCCUCUCUCUGUGUGUCUGUUAUUUUGAACCCGGAGCCGUUCCUCCCCGCGCGCUCUGCUCUGGUGACAUUGAAGCCGCCGCCGGACACCGCGCUCACAGACAGAGUGUAAGAUACCAAUUCAAGAUCUGCUUCUACACAACUUGGAGAGGAAAGAAUCAAGUAGAAACCUGUUUUGCACAAGACGACCUCUGAGUGACACCGGACUGAGCAAGUUUCCGUUGGUUCCACAUACUACUGCAGAGAGCUUUCCUGGAAACAAAGGAGAUAGAAAGUUUGGCUACUUAAUAGACGCUAACAAUGUCAACAAACAACAUAGCUCAGGCAAGAAAAAUGGUGGAACAGUUAAGGAUUGAGGCUGGAAUUGAACGAAUCAAGGUAUCAAAGGCAGCUGUAGAUUUGAUGAACUACUGCGAACAGCAUGCACGGAAUGACCCAUUGCUGAUCGGAGUCCCAGCUUCUGAAAACCCCUUCAAGGAUAAAAAACCUUGCAUCAUCCUAUAGCUCCUGCCAGCCGCCCUUUCGCAGACUGACCACAGCAUCAGAGGACCUGCCACGAAUUUGUACUGGUAAUCAGACCUUGAGAAGCAAAUGCAGCUUCUGAAAUGCAGGACUGCUGUGGAAAUGUGUUUUAAAAAAAAUUAGGAAAAAAGUUGGAUUCUGUUUGUUUGUCAACUAAAACAUGUUUCUGGAAAUGAAGGAAAGAAGAUAUUAAGGGGAAGAGCAAUGAGAAAGAUUGUUACUUUGGACUUUUACGAUAGAUUUUCUGAUUGUAAUAUUAAGAUCUUAGGUUUAAAAAAAACUAACUCGGCAAAGAUAAUGUUUUUGCCAAAAAUUUUAAAAAAAUAUAAAAUGUAUGUGUAAAGAGUAUGCAUUUGGAAGAUGAUAAUACAGUUUGGGCAAUAACACAUUAGAUGAAGGGAAGCAAGUGACCGCUUCCAUUGCAUUUUUAAAUGUCACAUUGUUCAUUUUUAUUGUUCUUGGCAAUUUGCUAUGUGCUAGUGUAGUGGUGUAGUUUUCUUGCCCUGCCUUUAAGUUCCGUAUUUACACUACCAAAGUACUUGCCAAGGGAAACUGAUGUAAAUAAUCAAUGCUUUAUUUCUUCUUUCUUCAUCUGCUUUUAUUAAUAAGACCUGGUUGUUGUAACCUAACCAAAAGAAAUACUCAAGUAUGGUCCAGCAGCUGCUUCAAAAGUCUUCUGGGCUAAGUAGUAUUACAUGAAUUUGAAAAUCCCAUGAAAAGUGUUCGGCAGAUGCAAAUAUUUAGUUCCUUCAAAAGCAACACCAGAGGUUUCCAAAAAUCCCAUCAGAAACUCGUUAUAGAUAAAUUAAAUUGACCAAAAUGUUCUUUCCACCCAUGUGAGCAUAACGUGCUUUCCUUCAAUUGAGAUGGGUAAAACACCCAGCAAGACAUAAUGCAGAUGCUCACUUUUAUAUCCAUGUGAGUGGAUGGCUACUGUUUAAGAGUUCAGAUUACCAAUCCCUGGUUUAUUUGAAGGAAUUCAACGUUACGUCAAUUCAGUAUUUGCAUAUCAUUUCCAUUAUAUUGUCCUAGAAAUCAUGUUUAUUCUUUUUUCCCCCUUUAUUCUAAACUUCUGACCUAACUAUUUGCAGCACAUUACUACCACCACAGGUAUGCACUUUCCAUUUAGAGUAAUGAGUAGGAUUUGCUCAGUGAGAUAUCAGCAGCAGCUGCAGUUCAAUAAAAUUCCUGGUAUUGUCAGUUAGAAACCAAAGCAAAGAUUUAAGUAAGAAAUAUCUGAACAUGUGUCAAAUGAACUGCGGGCCCUCUUAUAUCCCUUUUCAUUACAGCAAACCUCCUGAGCAUUGCAAUUGCAGUCGUGUGCCAAAAACUAUCAAAUGCCAACAGUGAUCUAUAUAUUGAAGCAUUGGAAAAUUUAAGAAACCACAAGCUUUUUUUUAAAACAAAAACACAUGAUCUGAAAGACAAGUGUUGCAUUUGUCAAGACCACGGUUUAACAUCUCUAAGCAGGUUGUGUGUGCAUUGUUCUUUCAGCUGCCUUGAUUUGAUGCCUUUUAUACCCAGCUGUUAAGCGUUAGUUAAGUCUGCCAUAAUUAUAAUAAAAUCUUUUUUUUUAGAAACUUCUGUCUUGCCAAAUGCUCUCAUCAGUGCCACCGUUAAGUUUCGUUAGAAAAUGUGAUCAAACACUAUUUACAGUCAUCUGAGUGAGCAGCAGUAUAGAUACAGACAUUUUUUUUACAUUAACAAAUCAAAGGUAUUUGAGAACACGGUAGUGCAAUGGGAACAAAGUGCCUGAGCGCAGCUUUGUUGAAGCAACAUCAUGCAGUGUCUGAUGGGCUACAAAUUGUGUCACACAUAAAUCCCGCAGCUAUAUGCCACCUGUGCUUAUUCUCUCUUUUUAACUUUCUUUUGACUACCUUUUUUAAUAUUUAAAAAAAGCACAGCAAAGUCUUUUGUUACCUAUUAUUAUUUAUAUCUGAGCAAUUACUAUAUUUCCUUAGCGAUGCCAGAGGCACGUGUUGAACGAGAAUCACUCUGGAGAGACAUAUAGCUACAAUAAACGAUUAAGCUUUGAACAAUGCAAAAAGAAGUUGGACAAAGAUUCCUGAGAGAAAUAAUUUUUUCCCCAAGCACCCAACAAAUUCAGAUUCUCCCUAAAGAAACGCAAACCUGAAAGAUAAUUUGUGUCCCACCUUCAUGGAUAAAGGUUCAUGUUUAGAGGUCAGCGCUAAACUUUCCUGCCCAGUGAGGUCGAUGGUCAGUUAUAUCCUUGAGUCAGACUUCCUUACGCAUGAGUUAAAUCUACACUUGAGUGGUGCUAUAAUAUGCAGUAGCUUAGAGUGCUGGGAUAUGUGUUUUAUCACAUAAUUUCUUGGAUCAGUUUCUAAAAUCAAUCCAGAGCAAGGCUCUGAAUGCUCCCAGACUGCUCCUCAAUGGGAGUGAGGGAAUAUCAGAGAUGGAAGCUUACCUCAAACCGCCUUCUCAUGCAUGUCACUGAAGAGUGACAUUGAAACAGAGUUCAGGGAAAGUUUUGAUUCCUCCGUUGUGCAGGAACGAUGCAUAGUACAGAGCUUCAAAAGCAGAAUUUUUUGGAAAAAAUACUGGGGUAUCCCUGGCUCCUGAAGUUUUGAUAAUGACAUUCAAAAUUGUUCCAUCACCAUCCAUGAGAAUGACCAUCACUUUUAUUCUGUUCCUUUACAUUUGGUCAGAAUGUGCUCUUCCAGAAAUCGUCUGGUGGUUCUUGACAUUCCUCAGUAAAAUUGUCUUUGUGCAAUAGGAAAAGGUUAUUUCCCCUGUUUUCAUUAUUUUGCUCUUCACAGAUACUGUGUAGUGUUUACUCCUUGUUCGGCUGAAAUAGUGAUUGUCUUCUGUCACAUGAGUAGACCAGUUUCAAACUCCCGCAACAAGCUCUUGUGAUUGUGUGAUUGUCCAUUCAAGUAUGAGCAUUUUGCAGACAAUUGUGCUAUUAGUGUUGGGUAUUACAAGACUUGAACAAACAAGUUAGACUGCUUCUUUCCCUAAUGCCUAACCUCUGUUUCACACCUACUUGUGAAUUUCGUUAUGAAAGUUCAGUUUGCCAGCACUAUUUAUCUUCAUGUCCUAAUCAGUAGAGUUGUAAAAGCUCUUGUUGGUAUAAUGAUAACGCAAAUGACUCUGUACCAGAAAAUCUCAAGACAUAAAGUGCUUCUUUUCCAAAGAAUCCCAUAUAAAGGACCCCAGAGCCUAAACGUGACAUACCUGAAACUCCCAGAGGGGAUGUACUUUACAUCCCAAAGUGCUUUUACCAGUAUGAGGCCCCAUCUAUGUUGCUGUGCAGUUUUACAUUGAGGCAGAGUUUUUUUGACCCUGGACUAGAAGUUCAACUUCUGACCUGAGCCUUGAACCUACACUUUCAAACUCAAAGGUGAGAGUGACCAACUCAGCCAGAUCAAGACACUUUUUUGCACCUCCCAGAGAACAAAGCUGAAGAGUGGGUUAAUUUGGCUUUGAAUUCAUGCAAACGGGAGCUUUCAGACACAUAAGUGCCAGUUACAAGACUUAUUUGGCAUCUCUAAGGAGAUUCAAGUUCUCCAAAGACCCUCCUAUCACUGAGGUCAACAAUUGUUCUUACUUUCAUCCUGGUGUCUGCUUCUAAGUAAUACUUGAUCACACUUUCCAUCACCACCUACAAUGAUGCUCAAGUUUUUCAGGAAUUCCUGUUCAUUGUUAAAAAUGAUCAUUCCCCCCAGAAAAUGAGGAGUACAUUUUGCUCAUUAGCUGCUGGUCAUGUCAAAAGAAUAAACAUCAUGCACUUUUGGAGUUUCUUACAGUACCUUUGAUACAAAGUUCACUUCUAGAUAUGGAGCCUGAAUGACUGUAUUCAUCUUAAAUGAGCACAGAAAGACAGUCUUGAUCCAUUUACAGAUCCUUCAUUAAACAGAAAACAUCGCAAUUGUAGCCAAACAUUGGAUUUCUCUGGUUGAAAAACAGGUGACGAUCAAACGUGUAUCUCAGGUUUAGUCCUGUACUGUUCCUGGAGAACAUUUGUAGAUCCUGAAACUCCUAUUAUCAGAGGUUUCUCAAGAAUUUGAUCCUUUCUCCGAAACCCAAGUGAUCUGAAGCCAAACCAUUUGCGUUUCACAUUUUGAUGGUUGAACACCAAUCUGAGCUCUCAGACUCAUUUGUCAACACAAUCAUUCCUACUAAUUGUCAUUCAACUAGUUUUUUUUAAAAAAAGCAAAUCAAUACUUGGUGCUGUGAAUGAUCUGUUGACUUGACAAUCUGUUCUCUACUUAAUGUCCUGUUGUGCCUUCAGGGACGACUUAAUGAAUCCGCAUUGAAGACCAUUCCAUCCGGCUCUGUAUAAAUCGAGAGUGGCAGCUUUUCACCAAGACUUCAAUGCCUCUUCAGAAAGGUCUCACCCUCUUAUUGAGCAUUUUAUAAAAGGCAUCGAUCUAGUCAGGCUACCAGUCAAUCCCAUCCAUACAACGUGGGAUUGAAACAUGGUACUGUUCUGUGCAAACUUACCAAACAUCCUUUUAAACCAGCAAGUAAAUUUGUCACUGUGCUUCCUUCAAGGAAAACCAGCAUUACUAGUAAAACCAGUAAGCAUUACUUCUUACCCUCUCGUCAGCUUUCAGAUAGUUCAGGAUUGGCCUAUUUGGCCUAUUCUUUAUUCAAACUUAAUUCCUCCAAAAAUUAAUCUCGAACUUUCAGCAAGCCAAUCUAUAAUUCUAUGGAAUUUUUGUUCUCAUCCGCACCCAUCUAAAUAGAGGUUACACUUGUUGAAUGUUUGCAGGUUGACUUUAUUUUGCUGUGCGUUACAGCAAAUUUUUCAUUAAUCUUUGGGGCCUUUGUUCGUCACCUAUGAAGAAAGCAAUGUGCUCUUCCCCAUUAGAAAAUAUCCUCUGUGGGAACCUCUUUAAACUAUCCUAUUGCGAAAUAACAUCUCUUGAGAAUCACCUCUGUUUCUUCUGUAUUGAUACAUCAGGACCACCAUCAUUAGUGGUCUCUCUGCCCGAGAGCUAGUUCGCUCCCUCAUUGGCAGCAGCAGCUAUAGUUUGACAGGAACGAUUGAAAACGUAACACACAUUUCCUCCAUAUACUGUUGAAAUGAACAGUAAGAUCACUAGUGAGACCACACUGAACUAGGCAGUGAUUACAACUGCAAUAAGCAGUUAUUUGCCCAAUAAUAUGUAUUAUACAGUGCAGGGUCAUCUGAAUCCAUGCUGAACAGCAACAUUGCCAAUGUGUGGACACAAUAACUUUUUUCAAAAGCAGUUUUAUAAUUUAUAAUUUAGGCUGGGGUGGGCGGGAGAGGAUUACAAUCAUCUACUCCAAAGUUUCAGUGUGAAAAACCUGAUCGGAAGGAAUGAAAAACGUUAUUUUCUAUAGUUCUCUGGAACAUCCAUUCCAACAAAACCCACCCACCUCUCUGUGUUCCUCAGAGCCUGUUUAUUUAACUCACUGUGUGAAAAACUACCACCAUCCUCACGGGUAUGGUCUGUUUUGGAAGGGUGGGCUGAACGGAUUUUCUAUAUUCUGGUUUUCUGCGCAGUUGUAGAUUUAACUCUUAAGUGUCUGUAUGGUACUUCAGAUAAAUGAACAAGGAACUUCGAUCACUAUUUUUUCAAUUCCCACAGCUCAUUAGGUGUUGUAGAGUCCCUGAAUUGGAUACCCUGAAUUUGAAUCUACAUCUUAAAUGACAUUCAAAUUUCAUCACCCUCAGUGCAGGUUUAGCCUGCCAGGUGAAGCAAUGUUUCACAGCACCAAGGAACUACAAUAACCAGGUCAAACAGCAGAAAACAAAGAGCAAUAUUUAAAUCCUUCGGAACAGUUUGUACUGCGAUGUCUCAAUAAGCGAGGAUUAGACCUCAGUAUGUUCAACAGUAACAGGUAACAUCUCAUUGUUCCUUACGGUCAGUCCUUAAUAAUCAUAGCACGUGUCAGAGACUUUAUUUUUCCUGGUUAAUAUAAAUGUAAAAGAUUCUUAGGGUAUAUAUUUAAUCCCUAAACCAAUUUAUCAUGGCUUUACAGGAGAAGAAUAUACUUUUUUUUCACUAAGAUUUAAUCUGCAGCAAACUAUUUCAAAAUAAUCCUACAGAAGUCACGUGCACUUCAGUGCCUGUGUUCAACCUGUAAUCUUAAAGUAGUUACAGGAAACAUGGUUCCUUGAAGCAGACUACAUAUUGAAGAUUUUAAGCCACUUGUAUAAUCAGUGUGAAGCAGUAUCCUCAGCACUACAGAGAAAUUGUUUCAGGUUGCACCUCCCAGUUUAUUCUUAAUCUGUGACUGAAGGCCUGGAGUAUACAAUGUGAUAUCAACAAAGAAUGAAUAAGAGUGUGUGCUGCUGGAGUUAGUCAACAAUGCACACAAGGAUUAGCUGUACAUGGUAAACUUAGAAAAGAGAAGCUAUAAGCCCUUAUGUGCAGAUCCAGGCGUGAUUCUGAUUGUUUUACAACCUCAGUGGGAUAGGUGGUCCAAUUUCCACACUGGUACAUUUAUUGACCUUGGCGAUGAGCUUAAAAUGAAUUUUACUAUGUUAAACCCACUUAAAUGGCUCCCAUGAUCUGGAGGAUUUUGUUGAAGACUGCACACAUGCCAAACAGGUGUAAGAGUCAGCCCCUCCCCACUGCUGUUUGAGGGCGUGCACAGCACUGCAGUGACCCACACCAACACUUCUCAGCCUGACGCCUUCAGAAAAGGAUUUUUAAUUUUUAUUUGUCCACUUGCCUGAUUAGUUUAAGAGUCUUAACCUAAACAUCCGAUGGUUAGGUCUAAUUCAUGCCAAUUACUGUCUUCUCUGCACAAGAAUGAGAGCAGAAGGAUGUUAUCCUCCACCAAUUCAAGCAUUUGCUUGAGUGUGAACAGUGCCAAGCCCUGAGCCAAACACAAUUCAUGUUUUUUCAUAGACCAAAAAGGCACAAAUCAUCAUUCAUUUGUACUGUAGGAGAAUUUCUCUUUAUUUCUCAUAACUUUCUGGUGAAUGAAAAUAUUUACAUCAAAUGUUUCUGAUCAGCCCAUUAUUGUAUAUUUCAUCAGUUGCAACAGGUAAAUAUUUUAUUAAUUCUGUGAGGUCAAAAUUGCGGUAUUUCUAAAGGGAGAUUCCCAGGAACUCUACUCUGGAAGCACAGUUCCAAGCUGCAGUAAUGUACUUGUGGGUACUGGAAAGAUUUCUGUGACCCAGAUUUCUUAUUAAGGAGUAUAAUUUAAGACAUACCAUGAACUAGCUAAAUGCCCUAUAUGCCAUAAAUCACUUAAAUGCCGGUACCGCGCCUUACAAUGAAGAGAGACAUCUAGGUGGCGUGAGGAACAUUUUUCAAAAUGGCAGCAGCAAAACCUACUUUGUGCACACCAGCUCUGUUGUUCAAAGCCUUCUAAAUACCUAAUGUUUUUUGUUCCACUAAAUUAAACUUGCCAUUUACACUUCACGAAACAAGAAACUGUGGUUUUUAGUGUUAAUUUUUUUAUAUGCGUAUAACAGCUAAAUGUCUUUUUACUUUGAGUAUUCACUUGUAUUGUGUGUGUACUGGAUGCAUAUAUAAGAAACAUGUACAAAUAAAACACAAAUAGGAUAAGAUAAUUAUUUGUAACCAGUAGUUGUGUACCUUGUAUUGAGCCCCUUAUUGAAUGUGCUUUGUAGUUUCUCUGUAUGUUAUUUGAUUGCUAUCAAGGCUAACAUUUAAGGGGUUAGAGUAUUGCCAAAUGAUUUUACACCUUAUUCUAGCUGUGCUGUAUGAAUUGUGAAUUGUGCUUGCUUUCAUUGUGGCCCUUUUCAAUUAUGCUAUUAACACCCUUAUUGCACAAUGUUCAAAGUGUUGUACAAUUUUGCAGGAUGACGAUUGAACUCCAAAGCGUUCACACGUUAUUUUAAUAAAUUAGAUUUUUAAGAUA